AGCCCUAGCCCCGCGUCGCGGAAAUGGCGUCGUGAUAGCGAGCGCCAUGGCGCCUUCAUCCGAUCCAGCGGAGGAGGAGGUAUCUUAUAGCUGAUCAGGCUCCAGGGAUUUCUCCAUGGAUGACAAGGCGGUGUCCGAGCAUCUGGUGCACGAAAUUCUCUGCUUGAUCGAUGCUCUCAAGGCUGGAGUGAACGAGAUCGGGAUCAACAAGUCCCUGUUCCUCAAAUCCACCUUGUUUUUGGUGGAAUUCAAGCAGCUCUCGCUUGGACAAUGCCCGGCCAACGCGCUCCUGAAAAUCCUGGACGAUAUUACGGGCUUGGUGAGGCUCACGGAGCAAUGCUGCCGCCGCAAGAGCAGGGUGUUCCAGAUUUACAAGUCUCAGGAGAUAAGCCAGAGAAUUCGCGAUAUCAUGCUCGAGUUUGCUUCUCACUUGGAGCUUUGCUCGGAGGUAGAGAACAUGGACCAGAUCAUGGAGCUGAGGAACAGAGUCACAAGGGCUACUUUCUCUCCGGAUCCGAGAAAUGGCGAGCUUGCAACAGCUUUGAGUGACGCUAUUUCUCAUGAAGAUGACGAGCUCCAAAGCAAGGUUGUGGACGACAUAUCAAGGCACUUGGCCGCGUCCGUGUCUUCUCUCAAGGAGGAACUCUUGGAAGACAAACGACAGCUCGAAGUAGACGGCAGGGUCGAAGAGCUAUCGGAGCUAGAGAAGCUGGUGCAGCUUCUGGACAGCGCUCCUUCUCUUGAAUCGGAUUCUCUAGCUCUGGACGAUACUUUUGUUUCGGAGGACAUUCCAGCGUCGUAUCUGUGCCCGAUCACUGGCCAGCUGAUGAGAGAGCCUGUGCUGGUGGAAGGCGGUGUCACGUACGAGAAGUCGGCUAUAAUGGAGUGGAUCAACCGGGGAAACACCAAGUGUCCCGUCACAAAUGCCGACUUGAGUAGCGUCAACCUUGUCCGGAACAGGUCGAUAGAGAACGCGAUCCGGCAGUAUGUGGGGCGUGUGAACAUCGAGAAAUUGACUCGGUCGAUCAAGAAGAUCAAGCUCGAGCGCGUCCACGUUGAGGAAACCUUGGACACCAUAAAGAAUCUGAUCGGGCUUGGCUCUUGCUUUAAGAGGCAUGUAGUUGCUUUGGACGGGUUGGAGCCGCUGGUUGCGAUACUCAAGAGCUCUGCUGGAGACCAGAGGGCUAAGAUACUUCAGAUUUUAUUAGCCAUUGGAGAAUCUGGAGAUGACUGCAAGAUACAUAUCGCUGAAGUUGGAGCUGUUCCCGUGGUGCUGCGAAUCCUGACGAAGUGUCAUGGUGACUGCCCCGAUGCUGUGAGUCUCCUUCGGGAGAUUUCUGAAGUGCAACAAGGGAAGGAGGUGAUUCUUGCACAGCCAGGGUCCAUCAUUGUUAUUGCAAGUGCGGCCACUGUCGACUCGGUGGAGCAGAAAGAUCAUGCCAUGAAGCUUUUGGAGAACUUGUGCUCGAACAAGUCAUGGGUGGCCAUUGAAGCAGCUUCAACAGGAGUAUUUGAUUUUCUGAUCAAUAAUCUUCACACAGGAAAUGAAGCUGUAAAGCUGGAGAUGGCUGAGGCAAUUGCAACGAAGCUCGAGUUUAACGACGCUAGCAGUGCAGCUCUUGUAUCGACAGGAAUCCUGGUUCCACUUGUAGGGAUGCUGAAGUCUGAAUCGCUCGACAGCAAAAUGGCAGCUACAAGAUCUAUACAGAAACUUUCAUCUACAGUGACGAACAGAGACGCUAUCGGAGAUGCUGGUGCAAUCCCUUUAAUAGCUGGUUUGGCGACAAUGGCAGUGAGGGACUUGAAAGUAUCUGCCUUGGAGACUUUGGCAAACCUCGCAAGCACACGAGAGUGUGUGCCAGCUCUGGCUACCGAAGAGAACGUCCCUCGACUCUUAGAAAUGGUGAAAGACAGGGAUUUACAGGUUCAGAGCAGCAUUCUCAAGAUUCUACAUUCGCUAUCAAGGGAGAGCAAAACUGUCCGGUUAAUGGUUCGUCAGCAUGCAGAAGUUAUCCGGUACUUGCUGGAUGCGUCCUCCGAACACAACUCUGGCCCAAGAAGAACUAGCGUCCUUGGAGUCAUUGUCCAACUCGCAGCAGACAGAGACACGAGAGAUGCCAUUCAGCCUUCCUCAAGCACAGUGAUGUCCUUUGUGAGGCUGUUGGAUCAAGCAGCAGCUACGUCGACUGAAGACAAAGAGCUGGCACUGGGAAUACUUUCCGGGAUCACAAAGAACGGAUCACAAGCCAGACAGGUGCUAGCGGCUGGGGGCGCUUACGGGAUCAUUAUCAGCUGCAUGCAAACGGGAAGUCCAAGGAUGAAAGAGGACGCGGCUGCGGUUCUAACAAGGCUAACGGAUUCGGAGCUCGACGCCAACUCCGAGCAGGAACUGGCAAGACUCGGCGUGAUGCGUCUCCUGCGAGACACUUUGGAGACUGGAUCAGAGCGGGCGAGGGAGCACGCGUGUGCCAACCUCGCCAACUUAUCCAAGCGGACACCGUCGUUAACCCAGGAGCAAUCGUUUUUCAAGCGGCUUCUAGCGAGGCUGGGACUGAAGCAGUACAGGUUGUGUGUGGUUCAUCCAGGAAAGUGCAACGCAAGGGCGAGCUUUUGCAUGGUGGAAGCUGGGGUGGUGCCGUUGCUUAUAGGAGAGAUCCGCGGUAGCAAUGCCCGCAAUGCGGAGAGAGGGAUGGAUGCGCUGCUCACGCUGGUGCAAGACGAGAGUUUCCGGAUCAAAGGAGUGGAUUUCUUGGUGAAGAACAACGCGAUACCGGCAGCGGUGAGCUUGGUUGGGAGGUCCAGCAGCCUGACGGAGAAGGCCAUGGUGCUCCUCGAGAGGAUUUUCAAGUGCCGGAAGUACAGGGACGACAGGUACUCGAGGAUAGCAAAGUCGAGCCUCUCCACGACAAUGACUUCGGGUUCCAUAGGUGCGAGGAAGUCGGCUGCGAAAGCCUUGAUGCACUUGGGCAUGAUGGCCAAAGGCUCUACGUACACGGCCACAGGGGAGUCGGCCAUUGUUAACUGAUUCAAGUAUGGACAUAAGGCAGGAGAUAUGAGCGACGUAAAUAUAUGCAAAGACGAGAGGGUCAAUUGUGCCUGAGAUCGGAGAGUCCAUGGCUGACCCUUGCAUGGCACUCUCCAUUACAAUGGAGAUCCACUGCAUUUUGUGGGCUAAGUUACUGUUCAUAAUUACAUUUGAUCUUCAAACUAUUAUCAUAUAAA